UGAUAUUUCUACAAUGAAGUUAAUCUUACUGUAGUAGUUCAUAGCGCUGCAAUCGUCGAAAAUCGAAAUGUCAAAAUCGUAAGAGGCCUUACGAAGAAAAAGCGGACAAAUGCGUCCACAUAACCACAAUAAACAAAUACUGUGCUCGGCUGUUAUACAUACAAAUCCAACGAUUUUCAACCAGCAAUUUUGUUUUCAAUUUUCAAUCGAGGGAAAGAAGAAAAAGAAAAAUGGUCGAAAAACCUGAUGAGCGUCUGUUGCCGACAAACAAGGUGCGAACGAUAAUGAAAAGUUGUGGUGAUCCAAGUGCAUUCCUGUCGAAAGAAUCAGUUUUGGUUGUUACAAAAGCAGCGGAAUUGUUCAUAUCGUAUUUAACACAACAAACACAUAAAAAAUGUGCCCAUAAGAAGGAUUUAAACUACAACGAUCUGUCAAGUUUUGUGCAAGAGGAAGAAAAACUCGAGUUCUUGCAUCAAAUUGUACCAAAGAAAAUCACGGUGAAAGAGUUUCGGGAAAUUUUAGAACGCGGGUCCGAAUCCGAAUCGUCCGACUCUGAAGAGGAAGCAUCAUCCGACGAGGAACAUAGUGAUGAGGAGGUAGACGAAGAGGAAGAUAUGGACGAAGCUGACGAAAGUGAGAGUGAUAAUGAAGCCGUGGAAGAGGAUUGAUUGAGACUAUUUUUCCUGUAAAAUUCCAUUAAAAUUAUUGAAGAAAAUGUUAAGAAAACACAAGCCGAUUACUAAUCAAUUGGUUUACAUUAUUAUCAGUUUGUCAAACCACCGACCGGUAGCCACAAGGCAAAUAGUUUAAAUUAAGGUCCCAUUUUAUAUUCUAUAAUCAAAAUCAAUAAAAUUCUGUAUUUUCAGUCCGAUUUCUUAAUA